UAAAAUAUUCAAAGUAUUUAUUCCUUCUUUAUUGCUUAAUUUGAUAAAUUAAUUCAGCUAUUUUAGAAAAAAGGCAAAUAUUCAUCAGAAUUCCGUUUUGCUAUGCAGAUACAGACUAUGCAAUUUACUCCACAUUGUUGAUGUGAAUUAUUAUGUAUUAAUUGUAAAAUUUUAAUCCUAAAAUUUUGCUAUAUUCCGCUUGUGCCACAGUCGAUUAAUCGCUACGCUUGUUAGCCAACGUCAGACGAUCAUUCAAGAGCGACGCCAUCCUUUGUCUAAAUUCUCGCGCUCUCCCGCUUUGCUUCAUAUGUUAUUUUACAACUUUUUGUAGUCUGUUUACUUGUAUUUUUGAUAGAAUUUUUCCGCGUAAUCAAAGCCACCAAGUUCGCCGCAAUCUUUUCCCCCAGGAGAUCGCGACAAGAAGCUUCAAAAGAUGUGAUAGAUUAUUGUGCGGUCGGACGGAAAGUCUCCAUCAUCAAGAGCCGUCAGACUCGAUGACAGCUUCCUGGUUAAGCUCACUGUCAUUCAGGCAUCCUUAUUCAUUUUGAUAACUGGCAAUAUUGUCCGCGUCGUCUGACUGUCAUCACAAUACAACGAACGAAUGUGAGAAUCACUGCAUCAGCAGUGGAUGCGAGUUUUUGGGGUAGAAAUCGAAGUGAUACAUCAGGUUGGAGACUCAGACUAAUAGGCAUCAAAAUUCCACUGCCACCUUUCAUAAAUCAGCGUUUACGGCAAUUCUAUGUUUCGGAUAGUCGACCCACCCUCCGAUUUCAGACAGAGCACCAGCGAGUGGAUCUAUAAGAUGUUAUUUCUUUGGUCGAGGGAGCCAACUCCGGAUCCCAGAGCCGGUCCAUGGUUUGCCUGGUUCGCGACAGCGGUUCUGUUGUGGCGCUGUCGACGUCGCAUCACCAGAGCGAUUUUAGCGAUUUCGCCGUUGAGAUUGCUAAAGAGACGUGCUGCCGGUUUAGCGCUUAAUCAGAAGAUAAUUCUAAAGCAACAGAAGAGACACAGCCUGGCCCAGUUAAACAAGCAUAAGACUGUCGGCAUACGGCGAGCAAAGCGAUUGUGCACCGGCGAUGGUCCACACGUAUCCGGUAGUAUGUCCAUGAUACAAACUGUACCACAGAUUCACUACAGGGUCACAAGGAGCGGCAGAAUCUACGGAAAAUACCCGAACAAGACCGCCAUCCCAAACGGUAGCAUUCAAGAAAACCACUAACAUCGCGUUAAGAUCGAACUUUCAAUCAUUUUGUCUUUGUUCCUGUAUAAAUCUCGUAAUUGUCAUUGUCAUCAUAUAAUUACAUUUUUUUUGUUUUUAAAUAAAUUGUUCAAAUAAGUAAUGUA